AGAAGAAAGAAGAGGAAGAGGAAGAAGAAGAGGAGGAGGAGGAGGUGGUGGAGGAGGACGAGUAAUCGGAACGACGAAAAGGACAAAAGAGACAAAGGGAAAGACAAAGAAGAAGAGUAAUAUAGUGUACAAGUGACAGCGAGUGAAAGAAAGAAAGAAAGAAAGAAAGAAAGAAACGCUUCGUUCGCUCGAUACGAAAAGAAAAACUCGUCUUUCCUCGGCGUGCCUCCUCCGUAUACGCACGUACACACACAUCACAUAGCCAUACACACACACACACACACACACACACACACACACACACACACACACACACAGAAUACGCACACGCAGAAAAUCACACACAUAAACGUUAUGGACGUGACAGCAGUUGUCGAGCUAUAAGCUCGUUUCUCCUUCCUUCCUUCAUGGUAAAUGGUGCAGUAUAUAUUACGCAAGGUUAACACAGCAGUGUUGUAAACACUUGCUGGAACCACUUGCUGAAUUUGUAAAAAUAUGGAUUCCGAGGAGGAAACGCUCUAUGACGAUGUUGACUCUGGUAACGAGUCCAGCGGGGAUGACGUGGAUUUUGCUAUGGAAAUAGAAUCCGGAAAUCAACGCGAACGAGCUACCGACGUCGACGAAUAUCCAUUUGAAGUUUUAUCCACAGAAGAAAUUGUACAACACAUGGUUGAUUCUAUAAAAGAGGUCAACACUGUAGUUGAAAUACCUGCAACAACAACGCGUAUUUUGCUAAAUCAUUUUAAGUGGGACAAAGAAAAAUUAAUGGAACGUUUUUAUGAUGGAGAUCAGGAAAAAUUAUUUGCAGAAGCACGUGUCAUUAAUCCAUUCAGAAAAGGUCCUGUGAUAAAUAGAAGUUGGUCCUCUCAAAGUUCCUUGUCUAGAAGAACAUCUGCAAAUGGAACAGAAGAAUGUGGAAUUUGUUUUAUGAUUUUACCAUCCUCUAUGAUGACUGGUCUUGAAUGUGGACAUCGUUUUUGCACCGGAUGCUGGGGUGAAUAUCUCACAACCAAAAUAAUGGAAGAAGGUGUCGGACAAACGAUCGCAUGUGCCGCUCAUGCGUGUGACAUUUUAGUUGAUGAUGCUAGUGUUAUGCGACUUGUUAAAGACUCGAAAGUUAAAUUGAAGUAUCAGCACUUGAUAACAAACAGUUUUGUUGAAUGUAACAGGUUAUUAAGGUGGUGUCCAUCGCCAGAUUGUAAUAACGCUAUCAAAGUCCAGUAUGUUGAAGCAAGACCUGUUACAUGCAAAUGCGGUCACACAUUUUGUUUUCAUUGCGGUGGAGAUUGGCAUGAUCCUGUAAAAUGUCAUUUGUUGCGUAAAUGGAUCAAAAAAUGUGAUGACGAUUCUGAGACCUCUAAUUGGAUUGCAGCAAAUACAAAAGAAUGUCCCAAGUGUAAUGUUACCAUUGAGAAAGAUGGUGGUUGCAAUCAUAUGGUAUGCAAAAAUCAAAACUGUAAAGCUGACUUUUGUUGGGUAUGCCUUGGUCCAUGGGAACCACAUGGAUCUAGCUGGUAUAAUUGUAAUCGAUAUGACGAAGAAGAAGCCAAAGCAGCGCGAGUUGCUCAAGAUCAAUCAAGGUCUGCCUUGCAACGCUAUUUGUUUUAUUGCAAUAGGUAUAUGAAUCACAUGCAGUCCUUAAGGUUUGAGAGCAAGCUAUAUGCUAGUGUAAAAGAAAAAAUGGAGGAAAUGCAACAACAUAAUAUGUCUUGGAUCGAGGUACAAUUUUUAAAGAAAGCAGUUGAUAUUUUAUGUUCCUGUAGACAAACUCUCAUGUAUACUUAUGUAUUUGCCUACUAUCUGAGGAAAACCAACCAGUCUGUGAUUUUUGAAGCCAACCAAAAGGAUCUAGAGAGUGCUACAGAAUGCCUCUCUGAAUACCUCGAAAGAGAUAUUACGAGUGAGAACCUUGCCGAUAUUAAACAAAAGGUUCAGGAUAAAUAUAGAUAUUGCGAUAGUCGAAGAAAAGUACUUCUAGAACAUGUGCACGAAGGUUAUGAAAAGGAAUGGUGGGAUUACGUGGAAUAAGGAGAAGAAUGAAAAUGCCCAGCUUUUCUUUUUUUUUGUCGUGAGAUGUAAAGUAAAAAAAAAAGCCCUCUUCCUUCUCACCUCUGCCCCCAGCUGUGAUAAAUCAAGAAAGCUGAGAAAGAGAGAACAGACAGACAGACAGAAUGUAGUAGAGCAUUGUUGGCAAAGUGAUAUGUACGUGUGUUACAUACAUUUGAAAACACAAUUUUAUCAUCAUCUGCGUGGCAACAAUAUCGUUAUAUAUCAUGAAUUUCGAACUUAUUAAAAAUGUGAAUUUUACCAUCAACAACAACCACAACAACAACAACAACAACAACAACAAGAACGACAACAACAACAAUUGAUUGAAUGUAACAUAACUUCGUGAUUGAUUCGUGCUUGCUGUGUAUACUGCACAUGAUUAUUAUACACCAUUAGUUAAUACGAUAAAUAUGCCUUCGUUAUGGCGUAUUGUAUUCUGAUAUUAUUAUUCAAGCGGACCUUAGAUAUGCACUCAGUUAAAAUUUUUUCAACCGAAGGAGAUUGGUAAAAGUGCAUUAUUAUAUUUAUUAUUAUGUGAUCCAGCAAUGCAUAUACAUUAUACAUAUAUUAUUGCAAAAAGAUGAAUUUUUGUGCUUGUGAAAUUUAGAUGACGAUGAUUCUUUCUUCUCUUCGAUAUAUCCUUUUGACGCUACGUAUAUUAUAUAAUAUCAGAUAAAUGAAUCUUCGCAAGAGAUAAUUCUCUCUAUAUCAUGUUUCUCCAAUCAAGUAUCAUUGAAUUGUUUCACGCAAUUUAAACGUUUUAGGAUUACAAAUGAGAAAAGAAGAAGAAAAAGAAGAUGACGACGAAGAAGAAGAAGAAGAAGAAGAAGAAGAAGAAGAA